ACGUCGUGACUUUCCAUUAUGACUCGCUGUUCGUCGUAUUCGUAAUGAAAAGGGAUCAGUGACGGGUUAGUAAAUUUUAGAAUCAGUUUCAACUAAUGUAUCAUACAAAUUGGUACGAAACAUUUCGAAUUUAGGAACAAUUUCGUUCGAGUCUGAAGUGCUGUAUGCAAAUAGAGGUUAAAACACAGAUUUACAAGUGAUAAUUGAUUCACAAUAGCAACUCGAAUGUUUUAAUAGUCUACAUAGGAGGGAGUGACAAAGAGAGAGAGUGAACGGGUCUUGUAUUGUGUUUGGUGCAUAACAUUUAUAUCUUUCGAUUGCUGGCACAAGUACGGACGAAUCUUCGUACAAUCCAAACUAGACGUAGGAAUAUCGCGAAUAAUUGAGGUGUUGUGAAAGUAGGGAUCUCGGAUACCUGCAAACUGAAGUAUUAGAAGAUAUGGAUGAUGAGAGCAGCGAUAGUUUGGAGCUCAGUCGAAGCAAGCGAAAUGAACGCAUCGACAAGUUGGGAUUCCGUCCGCAGAAGGAACUGUUCUGUAACAAGUUCCUCCCGUAUGCGGACAAGCUGGAUGAUGAAUCGCAAGCGAUCCUGGAUAACAUCAAGAACAACCUCGGUAAGGCAGCAGCUAUGCGGGAAAUCACUCCCGGCGUAUCGAUAUACGUGUCCAGAUUGAUGAAAUAUAUUAAGCUGUAUGGUAUGAAGUUCUCCAAGGAGGACCACAUUAAAUUCGUGAAACUACUGCUAGAGCUUAUCUGUAUACCGAAUCUGGAGCCGGACAAAGUUAACAGAUUCUGCUACGCACUUACUACACUGUUAAGGAAACCGGAAUGGCUCAGUCCAGAUGACCUACAGAUCGAGUGGCGACCACUCUACAAACUGUGCAAUCUGAUACUUAACAAGAACUGUAGCAAGGGAGAUCUAUACAGAUAUUUUGCCUCUUUGGAAACAAAUCUGCAAUUCGCCAUUCAAUAUUGUAACCCCUAUUUUCCGCGUUCAGCGACGCAGGAAAUUCUUGACGAGCUGCUGCCUAAGCUGCAGCCUUUGGACACUGGAAAGGGUUUCAACACCUUCGGAUUGCUUCAUAUCUUUCUCAGUGGCGAGCACGACUACGAUUUGUGGUUCGAAAAAUUUAUGACCAUCUGGAACGCGUAUCACAACCCGCCAUGGAGUAUCGACAUGAUGAUUUUGUUCGCUUCGGCAAGUUAUCGAAACAUUGGUUACAUCGAUUGGGAACCGUACAUUCCCACAAUGUUUGCCAGGAUAUUGCGCUCGAUCGAUUUCCCGGUGAGCUAUAAAAAUACCAAAAGCUCCAAAUUGCAGGGACUUUCCCCGCAGUCUGUUGCCCUCUGGAUUGUGUCGGUCCUGGGACCCAAAAGCUCAGCGCAGCAAUACCUGAACAAGUUCAUGACGACGAUCGAAUCCUAUCUGCAUCCGGCAAAUACUGGUAAAUGGGUCUCGAUGCUAGGGGAAAUUCUGAUACAUCUGCCUAAAUAUUUCUUCGAUCGAUUAAUUCUUGAGCGGUACAGGAAGCACCCGUACAGGAAACCAAUCCCCGAAAGUCACAAGCUGACAGACGAUUGUAUCACGGCGUUUGUGGAGUGUAUGAAACCAGUUACUCUCCAAGCGAUGUACUCCAGGCUGAAUCCACAGGACGUAGGCAAAAUUUUCCAACAUUUGGCGGAUUUAAGGCCAGCGCUGAUCAUUCCAUCCAUCAUCGAUCGUGUGUAUGCGAGUUUGGAUUCCCUAACGGAGCCGCAUAAAAUGACUGCUGCGUUGCAUAGUUUAAUCUACGUAUCUCGGGCGCUUGUGUCCGGUCACAACGGAUACACGGAGGGGAAGAAUCACGUGAUUCCAUUAUUUUUCGCUAUGCUGCCAGGAAUCGAUCCGAACGACUUUAGAAAGACUUCAAUCACAUUCAACUUCCUAACGUCGAUAGCGUUUUUGAUUCCCAUAAUCGAUUGCUCAAAAGCGGGUCAGUACCACGAGUUGAACGAGGAGGAGCGUCUGUUGUGUGAGCAGACGGCCGAUUUCGAGGAUUUUGUCCUCCAGUAUCUGGAUAGGAUAUUUCUGCUUAUAGAGAGUAAUUCGCUAGACAACGUUCGGAUGGAACAAUCGGACGCGGAUUCGAUGAGAUCAAAAUGGGAGUCAAUUUCCGAAGCUCUGAUUCAAGCAUGUAGCCACGGAAUCCUGGGACAGUGCUCCGAGAGUAUACUGAAUUCAGCCUCUAGGAAGUUGAUUGAUUUUGUUAAGACUCGGCUGUUGGAACCGAAGGUGGCAGGGCAAAUGAUGGGAUGUUUGAUAAGGGUAUUCGCUAGGAUUCAUGGUAAAGAAGUGCAGCGUUCGCUGAUGCCUUAUUUGGUUCAGACCAUAGAACGAUACAUGGAAGAUCACGAAGAUAUAGCGGAAGUGGAGAAGCAGAGUGAUGAAAUGCUGUACUAUUUGCUACUGCUCACGAAUAUGAUGCGAGGCGAUCCGGUUGAGAUUGUCAAGUACGUUGAUGAUGUACUGCCUAUUUUGGAUCGUAUUUUGAAAUUCAAGUGCAAGCAGGCAAACAAGUACGGAUCCACACUUUUAGCCAACCUGAUGAGUAACCUAUCGACGAUGCAAACAUUGGACGUUAAGAACAGUCCCGAUAGCUUCGAGAAACCGCUGUCUGAAAUCCUACCUAUUCGAUGUUGGGGCGAAAAAAUGCCUCCAGAUGGAAAGCUGAAGUGGUAUUUUCCCAAUGAGCAAGCAUUGAUGGUUUGCUCAAAAUUGUUGCAUCGGUAUUUGAUACCAAUCAUGGAUAAUUUCCAAAAAUACAGCGCCGAUAAAAUGGAACUACAUCGGGACGAUAUCAAUCGAGACUUGGUGAUCAUUCUCUCGCUGGUCAGAUGCUCUAAUUUUCUGCCUAACUGGGAUGAUGAGGAGCCACUCCCAAUCUACGAGUCCACUAUUGAUCGGCAUGAAAUGAAAUGGAAUGUAACCCGAGGGUUUGAGGAUUUAAUAAUAAAAAUGCCAGACGGACAAAACGUUCGUAAGGCAAUAGUGAAAUGCAUUACUGCUUUGCAGCGGAAAAUUCUGGAAAAAUCAGAAGACGAUGUGAAAUCGCUAAAAUCGAUUCUCCAAUUGUACGACAAAAUAUUCGUUCGAAAACACUCGAACGCGCUGUUUGAUAGCCAAGUAAAAAAUUUCGCCAGCACGAAGAAAUUCCAGAAUUAUAGGUUGACCAAAUUUAAGCGAGACGUUCGGGCUAUUGUCGCCACCCGAGUCAUUAUGCAGCAGGACUGUCGGGAUGAACUGGAUCAGCCGUUGUUCACCGCCACUCAUUUGGAGGUGUUGAUGAACCUCUUCGAUCUUGCCACGUCGCAUUACAGCAGUGUCCGGGUGACAGCUCAAUGCAAACUGUUUGUGUUGCUUUCCACUUUCUCGUUCAGCUACAAAUAUCUAACGGACAGGAUUGUCGAUAGCUUACAGUUGGACUCGAAUAAGAAUCACGAAGCGUUCAAGGGAAUACUCUACAUUUUGAUAGUUAAUCGAAGGUCUCGUCUCGUUAUCAAGCACGACUGGGAGUUCAUUAGUCGGAUAUGGGUGGCUCUGCUGAAGUCUAAGCUUUCGGAGAAACCAUCAAUCGUAAAACUGCUGGAUGCUAUUACGGAGGUUAUAAAGAAUGAGUUUCCCACAGUAUCAACCGAACUAGAAGUAUCGGAUGUCUGUGUUGAGUGUGGACUGGCAUUGAGAACGCGUGAAGACGUCUUAGACUUGGAAAGCGGUCGUAUGGCUCGAGCUGCUAAAAAUAGCAAAAAUGUACAGAUGUAUUACGAUCUAAUCGCCCAAAUUCUUUCAACGGUGGAGAACGAUAAACUCCACUGGAGAUACAAUUAUCUAGCCUCGUCAAUGUUAUACAACUUGGUUCACCCGCUGACCAAGUUUCCCGCUUCGGUGGCACAAUUUGCCGUGAACAAUUUAAUUCACGAUUCGAUAGACGACCGGAAACAGGCGAUCAAAUUGCUAAACCAUGUCUUGAGACAGCAGAAGCGCGAACAUUUGAAAGUUGCUGCUAAUCCGUAUGAGAUUGCGGGGUGUCCGGAGAAGGCACCCGUGCAUGGUUCGAGCGUCCAGCCAGGUUAUCGGGAGGACAACCUCUGGCUGCAGUACGAUGUAGAGAAAUUACCGAAAAGUCAAGAAGAAUGGGAUCAACCCCGCUAUGUGUAUAAAAUGGACGGGUAUUUUGGUUGGAGCUCUGAUUUUUCCGUCUAUGCACCAAGUAAGGAUCAGCCAAAGUUGGAUCGGACACUCGAAGAAAUGAACGAGCAUGAGCAAGUAAUUUUCAAUUUUUUUAACAAACAGGAAAACAUCGAUAAACUGAUUAAAUUUUGGUCACUGGAGGAGAAAAAGGGACGUGACAAGUUUAACCGUAAUCGGUUUUGUUUGAUCAAGGGUCUAAUGAACGCUUUCGGGGAUUUAUUUCUGGACAAAUUCGUGAAACACCUCCGGCCCUUGAUUGAGGAUAAAGCCUCCGAGAGUAAUCAUCGUUGCUCCGCUGAAAUAAUGGCCGGCAUUAUGAGGGGCGCAAAGCACUGGCCCUACAGCAAAACAGAAUCAAUGUAUGAGUCGCUGGUACCCUUGAUACGGCUUGCAUUGAACAAUGUAACGGUCGAUACGGACGGAUAUUGGGGUACGUGUUUUGCCACUGGUGUAGAGUUCAUAGAUCCCUCGAAGCAGUAUUGGCUACAUGAAAUUCUGCUGGAGAAUCCCCUGCAGGAAAGCACCAGCUUUAUAGAUUGCAAUCGAUUGUACUGUCUGCAAGGAGCGUUCAAUCAGCAUGUUUGGAGAAUGACCACUGUCGCGAAACGAUUAUUGGAAUACCUGCGUCCGUACUUGGACCAUUCGUUCCAAAAUGUGCGCGAGAGAAUCGGGAGCACACUGAUAAACAUUUUCGAAGCAGAUUUACGUUUCCAGGGAAAUCAAGGACUGGAGUUAUCGCCCAAAAUAAAAGAAAUGAUUGCCUAUGUCAUGCCAAAAUUGAGCGUUCUGUUGAACGAGGAGGAUGCAUCUGCUGGUAAAAUGGAUAUCGAGUCAGAAGAAGGAAGUUGCAGUAAAAGACAAGACACAGAACACGAGACCGCUGUAAGAUUAUUCAAAACCGUGGCUCAGUGGCUGACUAGCUUGAUUAAUCGAUGCUCGAACGGAAAUGAGAUUGAGUAUUUCGAUUUGCUUCCGAUUGUGUGUCGCUUGGAGCGUUCCGAACAGGACCAAGAGUUGGCUGAGAUUUGUUCUACUUUGCUGGCAAUGAUUUCACAAGCACUAACGUUACCCCCCUGUAUGGAUGCGGCGCUGGCUAAAAUAGAUCAAAUUUCCAAAAUGUCUUCAUGGUCGGCCCGACGAUCUGUGAUCGAUGUGCUUCAGGUGUUGGUUUUUUACAAUAUGACAAUAAUUUUAAGCAACGAAAAGUGGAAAACGAAAACGCAGGACAUCGUUCUUCGUUUGCUAGAGGACAGUGUGGUGGAGGUUAGAGAGAAAGCUGCUGAGGUGUUGUGUGGUCUCCUGCAUUGUUCAUUUCUUACCGCCACGGAAGAGCUGUUGGAACUGUUCAAGGACAAGUGUCGAACGAGGAUGAUGAGAACGAAAAGGCUAAAAAUCACACCGAGCUGUUCCAGUGCUGUUUUAAAAAAUGAUGGUGGGGAGGCAAACGCAGUUCGUGCUCGUCACACCGGUGUUCUCGGUCUAUGUGCCUUUAUUUCUGCAUAUCCAUACGAAGUGCCUGAAUUUGUACCGAACGUAUUCGAGCAUCUGGGAGCGCAUUUGAAUGAUCCACAACCGAUUCCUGCAACGAUCCGCAAGACAUUGGGUGACUUCAAAAGAACUCAUCAUGAUAACUGGGAACUACAUCAGCUGAAGUUCACCGAAGAUCAAUUGGCUGUGCUGAGCGACCUCACAAUUCCACCAUCGUAUUACGCGUAAACAAUUGUUCAAUCUCUUCUUCGGUUUCGUGUUUAUUUUUCCACGAGGGAAUGUUGUUUUUGUUCUAUUUCCUUCCUUUAUUCAGUAUAUAUAUAUAUAUAUAUAUAUAUAUAUAUAUAUA